AUGGUCUUCGAAUCCAAGUUCCCCAAGCCUGAGGUGCCGGUCGCCGAUGUCUUCAACUUCAUCUUCAACGCUGCUCGAGAAAAGUACUCUCGUGAUAAGGUGUUGUACCGUGUCCAUGAGACCGGUGAGACCUUGACUCUGGAUGAGCUUGAGACACGCAGCCGGCGCUUGGCCUCGGUUCUCGUCAAGAAGUACGAUAUCAAGCCCCAUGAUGUUAUUGCCUUCUUGGCGAACAACUCUAUCCACUACCCCGUGGCUUUCUUCGGUGUCCUGGCCUCUGGAGCAACCAUCUACCCCAUCCCUAUCCAACAGGGCCUUGAUGUGAUUGCAGUCAUCUCCAGAGUCAAGCAGGCCGGCGCCAAGCUCAUCAUCACUGAUGAGGAGUACGCCCUCAUGUCAAGGAGCGCCGCGGACGCCUAUCGUGACAUCCCCCUUAUCAGCCUCACGGGAACACCCCAGGGCAUUGCCAACGUCCACGACCUGUUGGAGAACGAGACGGAGCUCUAUGAUGGCUUCCGUCUCACCACAGAGGAGGAGACAGACAAGAGCUAUGCCUUCAUCAACCGCACAACGGGAUCCUCCGGCAACGUCAAGUCAUAUCUCAUGACGCACCGCCACUGGUCAGCCAACCUGUUGACCACCCGGCUGACCGUCCCUGAAGACACAAACCCAGAGGAAGACGUCUGGAUCGCCACCCUCCCCUUUGCCUACGGUAUCACCGCCAAGCUGUACCUCGGCCUGAACAUCCUGCUCGGCAUCCCCGUCGUCAUCCUGCUCAAGCCCUUCAACCAGGCGUCAUUCCACCUCAUCGACCAGUACAAGAUCACCUUCUUGUUCGUCACACCACCCCUUGCGGCGGAAAUCGCAAAGUCUGAAAAAAAGGACGGCGCCACGUACAAGAGCAUCAAGUGGAUGCUCUCCGCCGGCGCCCCGAUCCACCCCAAGAUGCGCGAGGCCGUCCAGGAGAAGUUCAACGGCGUGCGCCUCAGCCUGGAAUAUGGCACCACCGAGACGCUGCUCAUCGCCCUGCAGGUCGACGACGCGUCCUCCGUGCGGGGAUCCAGCGGCACCCUCGUCCACGGCAUGCAGAUCCGCGUGCUGGACACCGAGACGGGCGAGGAUCUGGGCCACAACGAGCGGGGAGAGCUGCUUGUGCGCAGCUCGCUGGCGCGGUUCGCGGGCUACAAGGACAAUGACGUUGCCAACAGGGAGUUUGACUCUGAAGGCUGGUUCCACACGGGAGACGUUGGAUAUGUUGAUGAGAACUCAAACGUCUUCAUCGUCGACCGCAUCAAGGAGAUGCUGCGUGUCGGAGACGGCUACGGCACACAUGCCUCUGCCAGCGAGUUUGAGGCCAUCCUGUUUGACCACCCUGCUGUGAACGCCGCCGUCGUUGUCGGUAUCCGCGACGAAGAGGCCCAGCAGGAGCACCCUACUGCCUUUGUCGUCCUGCAGCCCGAGGUGCGCAAGGACCGCGAGUCGCUGGCGAAGCUCGCCAAUGAGCUCGAGGCCUACGUCGAGAGCAAGCUGGGCAAGUUCACCCGGAUCUCUGGCGGCGUGUACUUUGUGGAAAAGUAUCCUCAUGUUGGAUUCAAGAUUCACAAGAGGAAGUUGAAGGAGCUGGUCAACGUUGGAGCGUCGGUUGAUCGCUCCAACCGCUGGGUGAAUGUCGUUGGUUGA